AUGUUAUCAGGUUUACGUAUCAACUUUUGGAAGAGUAAUCGCUUUAGGAUUGGUUGUGAGACUGAUUUUCUUGUUGGUAUUGCAAGUUUUUUGAGUUGUAGAGUUGGUUCUUUUCCUUUUAGAUUCCUUGGUUUGGACAUUGGAGUUAACCUCCCUAUCCAUGACUUCUCUUUCUUUAAGUCCCCAAGGAAAAUGUUGAUACGCAAAGCAUACCCUAUAUUUCUUGGGAUAAGGUCUGUUGUGAUAGAAUCAGAGGAGGGUUGGGCAUCAAGGACCUUAACAAAUUUAACAAUGCUUUACUCUCCAAAUGGCUACGGCGAUGCAUUUCUGAGCCUGAUGAGAUCUGGCGAGGCAUCCUGGAAAUUUUUUAUGGUAAGUCUCAUUCCUGAAUAUUUCUCAAGAAUAAGCUAA